UCUAAUGCCAAAAUAGUAGGUAAUAUCAUAGUAGUAUAGAAUAAUUCUAUACUACCAUGAUACUACCUACUAUUUUGGCAGUCUUCAAAAUUCUACUGAGAUUGUUACCUCUAAUUCAGUGAUCAAUCUCCGUCGUGUCUUCUCCAUCUUACGCUCCUGUAUAGGCAAGCUAUUUUACUCUUUGAUCUUACGUGACGUUGGUACUUUGUUGGUACUCUUUGGUUAUAAAAAGUGUACAAACCUGUUAAAUACCUAUUUGUUAAUUGAUUUUUAUUAUAAACUAAUUUUAAAUAUUUUAUUUGUAGAAGACUACCUAUAAGUAUUGUGUAAUUAAACCAUUUGUUAAAAGUAGGAGUAAUUUGUGUGACACACUAACAACAGUUUGUGAUGAGUGAGUUCUUUAGCUGACAUUAUUUAUAGGAACUUUUAUGAGGUUUUUCGUAGAGAUAAAAAAAAUAAUAUGGAAGAAUCAAAAGAAUCAAUAGUCGAAGAAGAAAUAAAAUUUAAACCAAAAAAAAGGAAAAACUUGAGACAAAGAGUAAAAAUUGAAGAUGAAGAAUCUGAAGAUGAAGAAUUAAUUUUAGCUAGGUUAGAAGAAGCAAAAGAAAUGCAGAAAUUAAGAGAAAGACCGAACGGAGUAAGCAUAGUCGCUUUAGCCACGGGACAAAAAAUAAAUUUAGUUGAGGAAAUAACUUGUAAAGAUCCCUUUAACGUUAAAUCUGGUGGUAUGGUAAAUAUGCAAGCGUUAAAAAGUGGGAAGGUCAAACAAGUAGAUGAUGCGUAUGAUACUGGUAUCGGCACUCAAUUUUCUGCUGAAACUAAUAAACGCGAUGAAGAUGAAGAAAUGAUGAAAUACAUAGAAGAGCAAUUGGCAAAACGGAAAGAAGGUGCUGAUGAUAACAAGAGGGAAAAUGACGAUGGUGAGUCGUUAAAAUAUUUAGCACCAGAGGAAGCAGCAUUACUAUCGUUACCAGAACAUUUACGAGCAUCUUCAGCUCAUAGAUCAGAAGAAAUGUUGUCUAACCAAAUGCUCAGUGGUAUCCCAGAAGUCGAUUUAGGAAUUGAUGCAAAAAUAAAGAACAUUGAAGCAACAGAGGAAGCUAAAAUGAAACUUUUAUGGGAAAGGCAUAACAAAAAAGAUAGUCCAUCGCAGUUUGUUCCAACAAACAUGGCUGUAAACUUUGUUCAACAUAAUAGAUUUAAUUUAGAUAGUGUUAAUUCAAAGAAGAGGAAAGUAGAAAAACCGGAAAGUAAAAAAGCAGAAACGAACGUGAUUGACGAAAGUGUUAAUAAAAUUGUUAAAAAAGCGAAAGGGGAAAGGGCUACUGAUGAUUAUCAUUAUGAGAAGUUUAGAAAACAAUUCAGGAGAUAUUAAAAGACUGCAAUUAUUUAAUUUACGGUAAAUCAAUCAUCUGGAAAUAAAUUUAUUUCUUCCACAUUUAUUCCUUCCAACUUAUUUUAUGAAAACUAGGUUUAUAAGUUUUUAAGUCUUUAAUUCUAGUAAGUCUAGUAACUAUUGCGAAUAAAAUACAUACAAAUAGUAUUUUUUAAGACAAUACUGGCUUUCCCUAAAAAAAUGUAUGAUCAAAA